AUGACUUCAGCGCCACCCUCCCCCCUCCGCGCAGCCAAUGCCGCUUCCUCCGCGCCAGUCCCCCCUCCAGUCAUGAAACCCUCCGCGCCGCCCGUGAAUAUCCUCCCGACCCAACUCGCCCGAACAUACUCGUUCCUCCAUCCCGCCGCGCUGCUGGCCAUCCUGGCCGUCCGGUUCGAGGCGCUGGUCGCUGAGCCCGUCGCGGAAAUGCUGAAUACCCUCCCGUUCCUGGCGCUGCUGCAGGUGACAUACGUGAUGAUUUGUCUGCCGCCGGCGGGGUCGGCGCCGUCCUCGAAGACGGGCAGCGACUCUGGCUCCGGCGCUACGUCCCCGGUAGGCGAGGGCGACGACAAAGAGAAAGAGAAAAGGAAACUCCCGCUUCGGGCUGGGAAGCUCAGCCGGAGGAAGACCCAGUCGCAUUCGGCGGGUUUGUCGGCGAAGCUGACGCCCGCCCUCCUCUCUCUGACCCUCACCUUCCUCCUCGCGACCCCCGUCCUCGCCAUCCUACUCGUCCUCUUCGGCGUCCCGCUGACAACGCACAAUGCCGAGACGGUCCUGUGCGCCGCGCACAUGGCGCUCCUGGCCUCUACGGCGCUGAUCUACGUGCAUGGUGUCGAUGGCGCCGUGUGGCGCGAGGUGUGGGCGUUUGCGCGCCCCGCUGAUGCUGUCUGGGGCGGUGCGCUGGGGACUGCCCUUGGGGCGUGGUUUGGUGCUGUGCCGAUUCCCUUGGAUUGGGAUCGUCCGUGGCAGGCUUUUCCUAUUACCAUUCUGACGGGUGCGUAUAUCGGAUUUGCGGUCGGGUCUGUGGUUUCUCGUUCGUCGUGGUUGUUUGGUAGAUGGCUUGAGUUUAUGCCGGAGCAGGAUGAGGUUGAGGCUAAGAAGACGGAGUGA